ACUCUGGGGGAAAUUGCACUGCCAUGUGACUGAGCAUUUUCUGGGUAAUUGGGUUGAAAUUUCAUAAACAAGAGAGGCCCUCUGGGUAAUGACCAAUGGCCACACAAAAGCCCCUGUUUUCUGCCAAUUCGACCAAAAGAAAAGCGUUCUCAUAUGGACCGGCGGAGGAAUUUGAUCCGGAUGAAAUCACCGAGAUUGUGCGACAAGUUUCACGCUGAGAGCUGCGGCGCUGCGGCGAGCAUCGCUGGACGUUUCCUCAUCUCCUCCCUGUGCAGAAUUUAAAGAUGGAAAUACGGAGGCAGCAAAAGCAAGAAGGUCACUGUAUGGACUGUAUCCCUACAAGUCCAGCAUGAUUGGCCUGGAGAGCCUGGGCGAUCCAUCAGGGAACUGGGAUAUAGUGGAGACCAUCGGUAAGGGAACGUAUGGCAAAGUCUACAGAGUGACAAACAAGAAAGAUGGAAGUCAGGCAGCAGUGAAAGUGCUGGACCCGAUCAAUCAUUCAAGCCAUUCAAACAGAGAUGUGGAUGAGGAGAUAGAGGCAGAAUACAACAUAUUGAGGUCCCUGUCCAACCACCCUAAUGUGGUUAAGUUUUACGGCAUGUUCUACAAGUCAGACAACUUAUCGGGCGGACAGCUGUGGCUGGUACUGGAGCUGUGCAAUGGCGGCUCUGUCACUGAACUCAUCAAAGGCUUGCUCAUGCGAGGCCAGCGUCUGCAGGAGCCUGUUAUCUCAUACAUCUUAUACAGUGCCCUCUUGGGUCUACAGCAUUUGCACAACAACCGGAUUAUCCAUCGUGACGUCAAAGGCAACAACAUCCUCCUGACAACUGAGGGAGGAGUCAAACUGGUUGACUUUGGUGUUUCAGCUCAACUGACCAGUGCACGAUUGCGGAGGAACACAUCAGUCGGUACUCCAUUUUGGAUGGCUCCUGAGGUCAUAGCCUGUGAACAGCAGUAUGAUUACUCGUACGACGCCCGCUGUGAUGUGUGGUCACUCGGCAUCACUGCCAUUGAGCUGGCAGACGGAGAUCCCCCACUGGCUGAGAUGCAUCCAGUUAAAGCCCUCUUCAAGAUCCCACGAAAUCCCUCCCCCACAUUACGGAAUCCAGAACAAUGGUGCAGAAGUUUCAGCCAUUUCAUCGGCCAAUGCCUGAUAAAGGAUUUUGAGGCACGUCCAUCUGUGACCCACCUUCUGGAGCAUCCCUUCAUCAAGCAGGCCCACGGCAAAGAUGUGGCACUCCCUCAGCAGUUAGCUGCUCUCAUCCAGGAGCAGCAUGAAAUGGGCUGCAAAACAAAAACCAAGCACGAGCGGAUCAAUACUCGUAAAAACCUCAUAAUAGAGAGCUGUCCUGAUGAUGAUCUGGUAAACCUGGAGUUCUUAGAUGAGGAGACAAUAAUCAGCCAUCUCCAAAAGAGGUAUGAUGAGCUGCAGGUGUACACUUACGUUGGUGACAUCCUCAUCGCGCUCAACCCUUUCCAGAAUCUCAGCAUCUACUCUCCCCAGUUCUCUAAGCUGUACCAUGGUGUGAAGCGGGCUGACAACCCUCCACACAUCUUUGCUUCUGCAGAUGCAGCCUACCAAGGCAUGGUGACAUUCUGCAAAGACCAGUGUAUUGUAAUCAGUGGGGAGAGUGGUGCUGGAAAAACGGAGAGCGCUCAUUUGAUUGUUCAACAUCUUACCUUCUUGGGAAAGGCAAACAAUCGGUCAUUGCGUGAGAAGAUCUUGCAGGUGAACCCCCUCGUUGAGGCCUUCGGAAACGCCUGUACAGCUAUCAAUGACAACUCCAGUCGCUUUGGGAAGUACCUGGAGAUGAAGUUCACACCGACUGGGGCGGUCAUCGGGGCCAAGAUAUCCGAGUACCUGCUGGAGAAGUCAAGGGUCAUCAAACAGGCCACGGGGGAGAAAAACUUCCACAUAUUUUAUUACAUAUACGCUGGGCUUUACCACCAAGACAAGCUGAAGACUUACAGGCUACCAGACAGAACACCUCCCAGGUACAUUGACAGUCAGCACUGCAAAGUGAUGCAAGACAUUGUCUCCAGCAAACUGUACCAGGAGCAGUUUGAUGCAAUUCAGGAGUGCUUCCGAAACAUUGGCUUUACUGAAGAGGAAGUCAACUCUGUUUAUAGAAUUCUCUCAGCCAUUUUGAACACAGGCAAUAUUGAAUUUGCUGCCAUCACAUCUCAACACCAGACCGAUAAGAGUGAAGUGCCUAACUCAGAAGCCUUAGAGAAUGCUGCUUCUCUCCUCAGCAUUGGCCCUGAAGAGCUCCAGGAGGCGCUGACCUCUCAGUGUGUGGUCACCAGAGGUGAGACCAUCAUCCGCACCAACACUGUGGACAAAGCCGUCGACGUCCGAGACGCCAUGUCCAAGGCCUUGUACGGACGCCUCUUCAGCUGGAUAGUCAACCGCAUCAACUCCUUGCUGCAGCCUGACAUGAAUAUCUGUGCCGCAGAGAGCAGCAUGAAUGUGGGAAUCCUGGACAUCUUUGGAUUUGAGAAUUUCAAAAAGAAUUCUUUUGAACAAUUGUGCAUCAACAUUGCAAACGAGCAGAUCCAGUUUUACUUCAACCAGCACAUAUUUGCCCUCGAACAGAUGGAGUACCAGAGCGAGGGAGUGGAUGCCAGCCUGGUGGAGUACGAGGACAACAGGCCCAUCCUGGACAUGUUCCUACAGAAGCCCAUGGGCCUGUUGUCCCUGCUGGACGAGGAGAGCCGCUUCCCUCAGGCCACUGAACAGACCUUAGUGGAUAAGUUUGAGGACAAUCUGCGCUGCAAAUAUUUCUGGAUACCAAAACGUGUGGAGCUUUGUUUUGGAAUUCAGCAUUAUGCAGGAAAGGUUAUGUACAAUGUGAAUGGAUUUUUGGAGAAAAACAGAGACACACUUCCUGCUGACAUCGUUGUGGUGCUGAGAACAUCAGAGAACAAACUUCUGCAGCAGCUGUUUUCCAGCCCCUUAACUAAAACAGGAAAUCUGGCGACGUCCAGGGCCAGGGUCACCGCAGCCUCCAGAUCUCUGCCACCGCAGCUCGGGUCAGGACGCACCAAGUCUCCCAAAUACCUAUUGAAGGUGGACACCAUGGAGAUGAUGCGUCACCCAGAUGAAACCACCAACAUGAGGAGACAGACUGUGGCCUCCUAUUUCCGUUACUCCUUGAUGGACCUGCUGUCUAAGAUGGUGGUGGGUCAGCCGCACUUUGUUCGCUGCAUCAAACCCAAUGACGACAGGCAGGCCCUGCGCUUCUGCAAGGAGAGGGUGAUGGUGCAGCUGCGCUACACGGGCAUCCUGGAGACGGUGAACAUCCGCCGGCAAGGCUACUCCCACCGCAUCCUUUUCGAAGAGUUUGUCAAAAGAUAUUACUACCUUGCAUUUCGGGCUCAUCAGAUGCCUGAGACCAGCAAGGAGAACGCUGUUGCCAUACUGGAGCGGGCCAAACUAGAAGGCUGGGUGCUGGGGAAGACAAAGGUUUUUCUGAGGUACUACCAUGUGGAGCAGCUAAACCUGCUGCUGAGAGAGGUGAUAGCUCGGGUGGUGGUGAUGCAAGCUUACACUAAAGGCUGGCUGGGUGCCCGACGUUACCGAAAAGAGAGGGAGAAGAGAAACCGUGGCGCCAUCAUCAUCCAGUCAGCCUGGAGGGGCUUUGUUGCUCGGCAGAACCUCAAGCAAAUAAAAAAGGAGCGGGAAGAGGCCGCUGUCCGCAUACAGUCAGUUUACAGGGGCCAUCGGGUGCGUCGGGACCAUGGACCCCAGAGGCACAGAUGUCACCCUGAGGCUGGAGGAAAGACCACCAAGGAGGAGCAUAUGAGGUCUAACAGCCCAGAGAGCAAAGAGGCACAUACAGAUCACAUACAUAGAGGACAUGUUGGCCCCGACAGCCGAGACAGACAAGUGAAAGACUUCAAGAGAGACAAAGGCAGAGCAGAAGACAGUGUAGCGAAGCCUUGCAGGGAGACAGCUAGACUGCGAGACAUGCAGUGUAAACAAGGUCCAGUGAUGAAGCUGCAGCAGAGAACUCCUCGCCGGCGGGGCCAGCAGCCCAAGCUGCUCAACAGCCCUGAAGACAGCCUGUACUACAACCAGCUAAAUAGAACUCUGGAUUACCAGGGGAGCAAGAGGAAGCCGAGAAAACUUGGUCAAAUCAAAGUGCUGGAUGGAGAAGAUGAGUACUACAAAUUACUGUCAACUGUGGAGUCAAUCCCUGAGGAAGACUACGCGACCGCCCCCUCUCCCGCCCUUUCUAGUGGGCCUCUCGUCAGUCAGAGCUGAGCCUUACAACCAUGUCAACCGAUUUCCAUUUUCACCACUGAACUGGACCAAAACAAACUGCAUCUCAACAACACAUGACAUUUAUUGUACAUUUUUAUUUAUUUAUAGUAAGUUGCCGUUUUAUAUGAGUCAAAUAAAUCUGUUUAAACUACUGA